AUGGCUGCCCCGCUGCGGCGGAGCCUCCCCUCCCUUCGCCGCGCGCUUCUUACGCCGGCGCCUGCGCGGACGCUCUCCGCGGAGGCCUCCGAUGCCCUCGUUGAGAUCAAGCCCGGGGAGAUCGGGAUGGUCUCCGGCAUCCCUGCGGAGCACCUCCGCCGCAAGGUAACGCGGUGCAUCCCUUCCCUCUUGUGUUCUGUUUUUAUCUGGGAAAUGGUAGCUGGUGUGAUCCAUGCGGGCGUCUUGAGAGAUGUUCGUUCUGGAGUCAAUACGGGGACGCUGGGACUGGAUCAUUGUGUCGGUUGUGGUUGGAGUAUGGUGUGGGAUACAGAUGCUAAAUCGUUGUUCUGUUUUGUUAUCGAUUGGUCUGAAGGUCAAGCUGUGAACUAG